AUGGAACUGAAAGAGGAAAGUCAAGAACUGAAUGAAGUGGAGGAGAAAUGUCAGGAACAGAAAUCUUCUAACUUCAUACAAGAAGAAGAAGAAUCUUCUUGUUGCUCACAGACUGAGAAGAAAUUCUCUCAAGAGUCAACUCAAAGAACAGAAACCAAAAACUCUUUCACCUGCCUUCAAUGUGGAAAGAGUUUCACACUUAAAAAAUAUCUUAAGAAACACAUGAGAAUUCACACUGGAGAGAAACCGUUCAUAUGCUCUCAGUGUGGAAAGAGUUUCAGAGCAAAAGAACUGCUGAAAAGUCACAUGGAAAUUCACACUGGAGAAAAACCUUACACAUGUCAACAGUGUGGGAAAAGUUUCACAAAGAAAGAAAUUCUCAAUGACCAUCUGCUCCGACACUCAGGGGUGAAGCCUUUUAACUGCGAUCAGUGUGGUAAAAAGUUUACGACUGCAUUUUGUCUAAAAAAUCACAUGUACGCUCAUACAAAUGAGAAACCACACUUGUGUUCUUUGUGUGGAAAGAGUUUUACACGACCAAGCUAUCUUAAAGACCACCAGAGAAUUCAUACGGCUGUAAGAGAUCAUGUGUGCUUUGUGUGCAGGAAGGGCUUCAGCUCAACCAAACUCUUGAAACAGCACCUGUUGAUUCAUACUGGAGAAAAACCUCACAAGUGCUCAUAUUGUGAAAAAAGCUUUACUCUAUCGGGACAAUUUAAAUCACACAUGAGAGUGCAUACUGGAGAGAAACCGUACCACUGCACCACAUGUGGGAAAAGUUUCAGCCAGUUAAGAUCCCUAAAGCUUCAUGUGAGAAACUGUCCAAAGAUGUCCAAAUGA